AUGCCGCUGCUCAUCCCGCUCGGGGAACAGAUCACUAACGAGACCCAGCUGACAGGGGUGGGCAACCUGGCCUUCACGCAUCCUAAGUUUGAGGUUUUUGUGAAGGAAAACACCUCACCAGUCUUGCUCUUAACACUGCAGGCGGCCAGCAACUCUACGGACGCCGAUGUCAUGUACAGCGUGGUCGCGGGGGGGCUGGCAGGUCUGUUUCUGGUCGACGGGUCUUCUGGUCACCUCACGCUCACGUCGCCCCUGGACUACGAGGCCAGACACUCGUACGAGGUGAUCGUGGGCGGGCAGGCGGCGGGCGAGCGGGCGUUCGCGCGGGUGGUGGUGAGGGUGAGGGACGUGAAUGACCUUCCGCCCACGUUCUCACGCCCACUCUUCGAGACGCAGAUCACCGAAGAGGACGACAGACACCUGCCGAAGCCCAUCCUGCAGGUGUCAGCCAUGGACGGGGACGUGAGCGACGAGAGCCGCCUCGUCUACACGCUGACGGGAGACGGCGUCGCGACCGUCAACAGCAGCUUCUCCGUCAGUGACAACUCCGGGCACAUCCACCUCCUCAGAAUUUUGAAGGUGCAGUUGUGCUCCAUUUCAGUUACCUGCAAGUUCAAUGUCUACUAUGAUCAUUUGACGGGUGCGAGUUCAACCUUCCGGAAGCCGCGCGUUCGAGAUGCAAGGAUCUCGAAAGUCUCAUGCGAUCGCGGCACGUCAGAAGGGCCCUGCGAGCUUUGCGGCACUGAGGUUGAACGAGAGCCAAGGGCACCCGCGCUUAACAUUCUCACGCCGAUGGGCCCCUCUUCUCGGCGCGAAAUCGGGUUUGGGCCUGGCAGUUGGAGCGCGGGGGUGUCACACGCCGCCGCCAUGGAGACUCGAACCUCCGACCUGGAGAUUCCCAGCUCAGGAUUCCUCGAGUCCAGUGCUCUAACCACUCGGCCAUGGCGGCAGAGGACCAGGGAGCCCCUGGACCGAGACGCGCCGACGGGGAGGGCCCGCUGGGAGCUGCAGGUCUCGGCCACCGACGGGAUCCACGAAGCCAGCGCCCUCGUCCACGUCAACGUCAAGGACAUCAACGACAACGCGCCCUUCUUCUCCACGCUCGUCAUCAACGGCACCGUGCCCGAGAACGCCAAAGCGGGCUCCGAAGUGACGCAGGUGUCGGCCACGGAUUACGACGACCCACUGGAGAGCACGAACGCUAUCUUGACGUACGCCGUUGAAAAGAAUGUCAUUGAUGAGUUAACUGGACAGCCGAUCUUCACCAUCGACCCCAACACGGGAAGGAUAACGACUGCUCUCUGUUGCCUGGACCGAGAGAAGACGCCAACGUACGCCAUUCAGGUCGUUGCUUCUGACGGAGGAGGUCUCAAAGGAACGGGCACGGUGCUAGUGGUCGUGGGCGACGAGAACGACGUGUCUCCCAAGUUCUCGAGGUCGGAGUGGCUCCUGACGGUGCACGAGUCGGUGCCCCUCAACACGUCCCUUGCCUUCCUCACCGUCGACGACCCCGACAUCACUAACGACUUCGCCUUUAGGAAUACAGAGAGCAGGAGAGGGAUGCAGUUGGACUGCAUUCUCUCCAACUUGCGGGACCACCGAAGGGAGGUAGUGAAGGGAAGCGGCCACGGCUGGGAGAGGUUCCGCGUGGUCCCUUCGGGCAAUGGCAGCGGGUCCCUGCAGGCGGUGAAGAAGCUGGACUUCGAAGACCCUGUGCAGAGGCAGGGCUUCAAGUUCAGGGUCCAGGUCUCGGAUCAGGGCGACUCCAACUGGGAGAGCAGCAAGCACGUGGACUCGGCGUGGGUGCUGAUUAAGCUCUUGGACGACAACGACAAUGCGCCGCAGCUCUCCACGGAACUAGUCAAUCUCACGCUCCCCGAGGACGUGCCGGUCGGCCGCUCGCUCGCCACCUUCACAGCCUCCGACAGGGACCAGGGCGGCAAGGGCGAGGUGCACUACGCGAUAGAGCCCUCGAGCGACCCCGGGCGGCGGUUCGCCGUGGACAGCACGGGCCGCGUGCGUCUGCAGCGCGGGCUGGACCGCGAGGCGUCGCCGCACCACACGGUCCUCGUGCUGGCCAUGGACCGGGGGGAGCCGCCCCGCACGUCCACCGCCACGCUCCUCAUCACGCUCUCCGACAUCAACGACAACGCGCCGCACGUGGCCAGCCCCGACGGCAUCUUCGUGACGGAAAACAGCGGGCCGCAGCACGUGGCCGACCUCACCCUCGACGACCCCGACGACUGGAGCCUCGGCCACGGCCCGCCCUUCUCGGUGGCGCUCGACUCCCACGCGCCCAGGCACAUCAAGGAGACCUUCGCCGUCGACUUCGACCAGAAGGGCGACGAAGGGCGGGGCGUGGCCGUGGUGACGUCACUCGCGCCGCUGGACCGCGAAGUCGCCGCUACACGACUCCUGCCGCUGGUCGUCGGCGACGCGCGGGGACUCACGGCCACGACCACCAUUACCCUCACGGUGGCAGACCUGAACGACAACCUCAUGAGCUCAGCGGAUAAGACAGUCACCGUCAUUCGGUUGAGGGGCGAGACAGAAGCGCUCCCGUUGGGUCGUGUCUACGUGGACGACCCCGACGACUGGGACGUGGCCGACAAGACGUGGUCGUGGCGUACGCACGAGAAACACCCGCUCUUCACCCUCGACAGCCGCACGGGGGAACUCACCAUGAGCGGCCAUGCGAGGGACUCCACGUCCCUAGAGAGUGCGCCAAGUCCCAGCCAAAAGGGUGGUUAUACUUCCAGAGUCAGACGGGCUAGUGGAACCUCGGCUUUACCCAAUUCCGGAGCAGAUCCUAGUCAGGGAUUGGCACCCUUUGGCCAAGACUAG